AUGGCUCCAGGCCUAGUCGACGACAGGGUCUCAUCGCUCGGGUCCACCAAGGUUGACAAGACCGUCUUUCCAGACGGCUUCAAGACAUCUGGCCAGCAUGAGCCACUAUAUUCUGCUAUUCAAACUUUUGACAAGUUUCCUAAGGAGAUCACAGGGCCAACGGUAUGGAAACCAGAUGAUUAUAAUAAGAGCCCUGACAAGUGGGUGCAUGCCUUUACGGAACAAGAGAUCGCCGAGAUUGGGGCUGCAGCAGAUAAGUUCAUUGAAUCUGAAGUGCCUUUGACAGGAAUUUCGAAAGAUCUGUUUAGAUUACCCAAAUUAGCUGCUUACAUGCAGGAGCUCCGAAAAAAACUUGUUGAUGGCCAAGGUUUCUGGCUGUUCAAGAACUUGCCGGUCCAGGAAUGGGGUUUACAAAAGUCGGCCACAGCAUAUAUGGGCCUCGGAACACAUCUGGGCUACUUUGUAAGCCAAAACGGUCGCGGACAUGUUCUCGGCCAUGUCAAGGAUCUCGGUGAAGACUCAACUCGCACGGACAGAGUGCGUAUCUACCGAACCAAUGCCCGGCAGUUCUUCCACACUGAUUCCGGGGAUAUUGUCGGGCUUCUCUGUAUUGCCAAGUCCAUGGAGGGUGGAGAGUCUGAUAUAUGCUCUCAGCAUCAUAUCUUUAAUUGCUUACAGCGCGAGCACCCUGAUGUGGCCAAAUUGUUCUGCGAGCCCAUCUGGUACGCUGAUCGUAAGGGCGAGGUAUCGGACGGCGAGAAGCCCUGGAUGCGUACCGCUGUCUUCUAUCUCGAGAACGAUCCAGAAGGAACUCCACGUGUAUACGGCAAAUUUGACCCCAACAACGUCACGUCGCUAUGGCGCUUCAACACUGGACCAGAUGCUCAAAUUCCUCCACUCUCCGAAGCUCAGCUACAUGCCAUCAAGGUACUCGAGGAUACCUGUAAGCGAGAAGCACUACACAUGAUUCUUGAUCCUGGCGACAUACAGUUUCUCAGCAACCAGCAUGUAUUCCACGCUCGUACAGCUUAUAAAGAUUAUGAGCCGGGUGCCAAAGAUGAGAAUGGAAAACUACGGCCACAAAGACAUCUCAUGAGGCUCUGGCUGUCUGUACCUGUGGAUGAGGGUGGAUGGAAGCUGCCAUUUCCUGACAUGCACGAGAAAAAGCGUGGCGGAAUUCAAGUGAACGACACACCACCUAAAUGCCCUUUGGAUGCCGAGUAG